AUGAGGAACUUCAACGACAACGCCGGAGAGGCCAGGAAGCCACCCGUGAUUCCCCUCCUCAAAACCAUGUCUGUGCUGCUAAGGGACAACGAAUGCGCUUUCAAUUUGGAAGAGCACGAAGAUCAACGAAGCACAGACCAUGGAACGGUGGACAAAAAAGACAGUGAGAUGAUUGACUGUUUGAUGCAAAAGCUAACUUCCAAAAAAUUCCUAGUGGAAAAGGAAACGAAGAACUCCUUCUACCUUGUAGAUAACGAAAAUAUGAAGAUAAAGAAGCUAAAGGAACAUGGUCAUUCGCCAUCCCUAAAUGAUGAUUUAAGUCCACUACAGUAUGAAAGGAUAAAGUACCAACCUACAUUACCCAAGGCGCUGGCAAGUGAAUACCAAGUGUUAGAAGAGAACCACGGGGACGAUUUUAUUAACAAAAAAGAUUAUGAGGAGAUCAAAAAGUAUUUGAAGAAUCUACACAACCUACCCAUUUUGAACGUGAAGGAAACGAAGAACCAUGAAUCUUUUAAGGGAGGAAAUAUAUUGAGAAUUGGGAUUAUUCUAUCUGGUGGUCCCGCGCCAGGUGGGCACAAUGUCAUAUCGGGUAUAUAUGACUAUGCCAAGAGGUACAAUGAGCAGUCGCAGGUUAUUGGCUUCUUAGGAGGCAUAGAUGGUUUGUAUAGCAAAAAUUACGUGACCGUUACGAACUCCUUGAUGAAUCGAUAUCGCAACUUGGGAGGAUUCAACAUGCUGUGGUCAGGGCGAAACAAGGUAAGAAAUAAAGACGAUCUGAUUUCCAUAGAGAAUAUCGUUUCCAAGUUGAAGAUGAACGGAUUGGUAAUAAUCGGAGGAGAUGGAUCCAACAGUAAUGCAGCAUUGAUAUCUGAGUACUUCGCCGAGAGGAACAUCCCCAUUUCUAUUAUCGGUAUCCCGAAGACCAUCGAUGGGGAUUUAAAAAGUGAAGCAAUUGAAAUUAGCUUUGGGUUCGAUACAGCCACGAAGACGUAUUCAGAAGUGAUUGGCAAUUUAUGCACCGAUGUGAAGACAGGAAAUAAUAUAUACCACGUCGUGAGAGUGAUGGGAAGGUCUGCUUCGCACGUAGUGUUAGAGUGUGCUCUGCAGACAAGACCGAACAUAGUGCUCAUAGGGGAAGAAGUAGAAAAGGAAAAAUUGUCCCUAAAGGAUAUCGUCAAUAACAUUGUUAAUACUAUACUCAAGAGAAGGUCACUGAAUAAGAACUACGGAGUUAUUUUAAUUCCCGAGGGAUUAAUCGAAUUUGUGCCUGAAAUGAAAGUUCUGAUCGGCGAGCUGAACGUCAUUUUGAAAGAAGGUCCUUUCCAUGCGGAUAAAUUGCAACACUCCAGAGAGGUGUGGGAUUUCUUACCCAGUAUCAUCAGGGACCAACUUCUAAUGGAUAGAGAAUCCACCGGAUAUAUUCAAGUUGGGAAAAUCGCAACGGAGAGGUUAAUCAUUGUACUGGUUGAAUCAGAGCUAGCAAAACUGAAUGACAACAGUUUGAAUAUUCAGUUUAUGGCUCACUAUUUAGGAUACGAGGGCAGGUGUGCCAUCCCUUCCAACUUUGACUGCAACUAUUGCUAUGCUUUGGGGUACAAUGCUGCUUUGCUAAUUGAUCAUAAGAAGACAGGCUAUAUGUCCAUUAUACAGAACUUACAAGAUUCCUAUGCCAAUUGGAUCCCUGCAGCCAUUCCAUUUCUCCGUAUCAUGCAUGUGAAUAGGGACAACACAGGGAAGGAGUUCCCCGCUGUGAAGAGAUACCUCGUCGAUUUGAACAGCCCACUUUUCAACGUAUUGAAAGAAGUCCGUAAUUUGUGGUCCCUCUACGAUUUGUAUAGAGCUCCUGGGCCGAUUCAGUUCAAUGGACAUUUGAGUAAUUCCAGAUGCUACACAGUGAAGAUUCCUACGAAGGAUUUACUCCUCUGCCAGAACUCCGUGGACUUGCAGUUGAUUAUCAGUUUGGCUAAUAAGACGAAUCAUGUGGGUGGUUAUAUCACCGGUGGGACUGAAGAGGACCGGGCCAACCAUAUGCAUCUGAGUGGCAUCUCCGCCGAUUCGCAGAACAAGGGGAACGGACUUGGUGAGGUUAGUGUCACAUGUAAAGGGGCUCAUGAGAAUUCCCUAUCAACGCAUAGCAAAGGAAUGGGACACGACUCUGGAACUAUCGCAGGAAAGACCACCCACCAUGACUUGGCAAGAGAAGCAAAUGCUAACGCGGAUGAUCAAGUGAAAAACGACUUUUACGAACAGCACUGCUCUAGUUACAAGUCCCUAGGGUGCAUGUCCGAGUUGCAAACCUCCAGGCUGUACAAUAAGCUGGAGCUGCCUGAACUGUGCUCCGAUUUGAAGGCAAAGGUCAGGGCAGGAAAGCAGUACAUAUCGAAUGACCCCUACAUACAGAAGCAGAUCCUGUCCAACUACCCCCACAUGUCGCAUGAAAAUAAAUUUCAAAUUCAGGAAAUUUUUCACGACAAGUAUGCCACGCCCAUCUCGUUUGAAAUAAAAAUAGGAAUUGUAUUUUUGUCUAGACAGGCGCCCGGGGCGAUGAAUGUGCUCAGUGGUCUCUACCACCGACUGAAGCUGCUGAAAGGGGUCUGUAUUGCCUUUUACGGGCUGUAUGGGCUAUUAAACAACAAGUACAUCAUUAUAGAUGACGACAACAUAGCGAAGCAUUUCAAUCAAGGAGGGUUGGAGAUAACUGGGAAUUCCCCGGAGCACUCUUUAUUUGAUAAAGAGAACCGAAAUAAGGUGUGCGAGACAGUGACCAAUCUGCAGCUAAACGGUUUGGUCAUGCCUGGAUCGAAUGUCACCAUUACGGAGGCGGCUCUCCUCGCGGAGUACUUCCUGGAGAAGAAGAUCCCUACGUCCGUUGUGGGCAUUCCGCUAACCGGAUCGAACAAUUUGAUUCACGAGCUGAUUGAAACAUGUGUCGGUUUUGAUAGCAGCACCAAAGUGUAUGCCUCCCUCAUUGGAAAUGUCCUCACCGAUGCAGUCAGUAUGCCCAAAUAUUGGCAUUUCAUUCGUUUAAUGGGAAGAUCUCCGUCUCAUGAAGUUCUGGAGUGCGCGCUGCAGACUCAUCCGAACAUUGUGAUAAUAGCGGAGGAGUAUGGCGCAGCGGAUAAGACCCUGUGGAGAGUCGUCCAAGACAUUGCAGAUGUCGUUUGUGCCAGGGCUGAACAAGGAAAGAACUACGGAACCGUAUUAAUCCCUGAUGCGCUGCUGAUGCAUCUUCCCCAUAUGAAGAUCUUACUCACCGAAAUUAGUGACAUACUGAACGAUGCCAAUGAGAAGGGGCAGCUGGUCGAGGCGAGGAACGACUUGAUCAAUUUGUCGACAACGCAGAGUGGCACAACCGGGGAAGGAGUCCCAUCGCGGCUACUGUCCAGAGCAGGAACAGGGGAAACAGCAGGGGGAGUUCAAUCCCUGUCUGUCUCCCCGUGGGUGCUAAAAUUGACUCCGUGGAGUUUAGCCCUGCUGAAGACCUUCCCCCAGUUCAUCAUUAAAGAACUCCUGCACGUGGAUCUGAGAUCCAUGAGAUUUGAAAAGUUAGAGACAGAACAGUUGCUACUACAAAUGGUGAAGGAGGAACUGCAUGAGAGAAAGCAGCAGGGAAAAUAUUCUGGAAGCUUCAUGGGAUUGACUCACUUCUUUGGAUACCAAGGUCGUUCAUCGUUGCCAUCCGAAUUUGAUUGUAAGUUGGCCUAUUCCUACGGCCAUGCUGCUUCCAUAGUGAUUGAAAGUGGACUAACAGGAUACAUUGUGUCGAUAAGGGGGCUCUGUGGAAACAUCAAAGAUUGGAAACUGUUUGCCAUCCCUUUUAUAUCUUUGAUGAAAAUUUUGCCCAGAGGACAGGGCAGUAAGUAUUUGAAGAACGCUUCCAAAGGGGACCUCCCAGUCAUUCCUAGUGCCCCGGUGGACCUGAACGGCAAGGCGUAUAGAAGCUUAAAAAUUGCCUUGCAGAGGUGGCAGAUGGAAGAUAGGUUUUGUAAUCCCGGACCAAUCCAGUUUGAAGGAAAUGCGUCCAACUAUUACAACCGCAUUCUGUUUGAAGAGCAAUCCGAAUACUUCGAGAUGCUGCGCUAUGUGGAGUGCUACGCGAAUAUACUGAAGGAUACGUGCCGUUUUGGAGUCUCCGCCGAUUACCUGAAGAACGUCUUCGUGCAGCUGUGCAGCAUGCUUGUUCUCGCGUACAAGCCGAAGGACAUUCUUUCGAAUAUGCCUUACAUCGGCAGCAUUGAGGAUUACUACGACUGGGAGAACCAGCGCAGGCGGGAUGGACUAGAUGCGAGUAGGACGAACGGCACAUAG